AGAGGUGGGAUUCAGAGGUCUUUACCCCUCAGGUGUUGGAGCUAGCCUGAGAGUGUUCACGAGAGCCCGGCAGGUGGGUGGGGACAGGGCUGACUCAUACCAAGCGCUGUCCUUCCUCACCCUGAGCCCCAGGACGAGGGGGCCAGCUCAUCCCUUUUCUGGCCUGGGCAGUGGCACUUCCAGUACUGACCACCUGGGGGCGUUGCGACCCUGGAGUUUACUCGGGCAGUGUGCGGCCAGCAGAUGCUUGUAACCCUGCUACGUCAGCCUGGUGGGUGCCCCCUGCUCGCACUGGGGAGGACACAUGGAGGUGAACCUGAGGUCUGAAGAGUGGGAUUGGGCAAGAAGCUGGAGCAAAACGUCUUGGUCAGAGCCAGGCCUGGGGGUUUUCCAAGCACAAACCCAGAAUGAGAACCAAGCUGUGAUCAGCUCCAGAAAGAGGCCCAGUUCUCAGGGAACAGUGAACUGGAAGAGGUCUCCAGAUCCCAAGGGUCAGGGCUUGGAUCUGUGGGCGGCUGGAGAAUGCAGCCCAGAAAGAGGGGCCUGGAGGGAAAUAGUGAGACACAGCGGCCGGCCUCCUCCCCUGUGCGCCAGCCCUUCCCGCCCUCCCUCAGGGUCUGCUAACUUGAUGUGAUGUCUGACUGAGGAGCUGUGAGAGGCUGGUGGGAGUGGGCGGGGGAGGAUGGGUCACAGCCUGAUGGCCAGAUCUCCCCCUGACCGGGGAGCGUAAGGGGGGACCCCUGAGGACAGGGGCCAGGGGAAACCAAGUCUGGGCUCUCCUUCAGGAGGCAGGACAACUUGGUGUUUCUAAAGUGCCCACAAGGAAAUGGGGUUUUGUGUCUGCAGAGUCUGGGCCCUGAGCCCAGGAGGGCGGUACUUCUGGGGUCCCCUGGACACAGGAUGGAGGCUGGGCUGGUGGGGUGUGCAAGUCUCCUCAGCCUUCAUUUGGCCCCAGAGGAAAGACCAUGGCCCCGUUUGCAGGAGAGAAGACUGAGGCCUGAGGGGCUAGGCUUGUUCCAGGUGGCGGUAAAGCUCCUUGGGUUCCUGCGUAUGGGCUGAGUGCACCCAGUUCCCCAGGCCCCAUGGGGCUCAGCAGAGAGCUCUGUCAGGUGCUGGGGGACUUGGUUUCCUCUCUUUCCUUCCCGCUGUCUCCUGCUCUCACCUCCUGCCCAAGGAUAUUCAGGGUCUUUCCCAGCUCGGCCUGUCCAGCCAUACCUCUAGCCAGGCCUAGCAUGAUGCUCUUUCCCUUCCUGGGACUUUGCUCCUCUGGUCCCUGCACCCUGGCCUCAGCCUGACCAGGAUGGCUAGGGAGAUGGGGAAUGUCCAACCCUCAGACCUGCUGUCUCUGCUGCCCCUGCCUUCCCAGCGGGUGGGCUGGCCCUGGCCCAGCAAUGCACUUUGUUUCCGGGUUGAGCAAUGUCACUGUGGUAUGGGGGAUAGUGGGGGCAGAAGAAGGUGCCCACAGCCCUCCCCACCCCACAGGGCAGCUGUGGGAACAGGCCUACUGGAGAGUCUGCCCAGGGUGACCAGGGGCUCAGGAUGGGGCCUGGCAGGCUCUGUGGCUCUGUGGGCAGUUCCUCUGCUGUACCAGGAGGUGUUAGAGGACUGGGGCGGGCAAUGCUCAGCUGGGAAGGAAGCCAGAGCAUACAGGGGGCUUUGGGGGGCUGUGUGGGUGGGAGUCCAGCCUGUGGACCCUGCACCUUGUGCUCCUGCUGAGCCUGGUCAAGAGGGGCCUCAAUGGGUCCCCUCCCCCAGCUGCCUCCCUGUUGGGUACGCUGAGGCCUAGGCAGGGGAGGAGCCAGGCUACUGUCCCCAGGAGAGGAGGCGCAGCCAGCACAGACGGACACAGGGAAGCAGACAGACAGCCGGGGGAGCGCAGAGAUGCAGAUGGGAGGGCAGCCUCACUCUCAGGAGGCCCAUGGUGGUGUUCAGACAGCAGGCCCCAGGGAUGGAUGGUCUGGUGGGCAGUGGGUGCCGAGGGCCAGAUGCAGGCCCUAUUUGCUCUCCUCACACAGAUGUCUUGUAGUCGUAGGUGUUUGACGCAGAUUGGGAAGCUGAGCCCCAUCCUGGGUCACCCCUGUUUCCUGGCUAGGCUGCCGCUGAGCUGGGACUUGAAGCCAAGUCCUGAGUGACAUUGCCUUGGGUCCCCCCUCCCUCUGUCUCUGGCCCCCUUCAGCUCCACCUCUGUGCCCCACACAUCCUCAGUGUCCUCUGGCUCUGGGGAUGUCGAGGUGAGCUGUUGCUGGGUGGAACCACACCAAGAAAGCGGGAGUCGAGGUGCCACUGCAGCCCCCUUGUCCCUCUGAGCCUGAUCCAGGGGAGGGGACCGGGCAGGCUUGAGCCCGCUGUCCUAGCUUUGCUGGGAACUGGAGAAGAGCCGUGGGGGCUCUGGGCAGCCUGUCCCUGGCUCCCUCGGGGGCAGGAGGUGCCAAGUCCUCCAGCACAUGGGUUGGGAUAGUCCUGGGCAGGAGGGAUAUCUGUACGUCCAGGCUUGCAGGGGCAGGCUAUGGGAAUGAGGGAGUUAACGGCAGUUGCUUGCUCCUCUCUGGAAGGAAAACUCCCCAUAAACGCCCUGCUCCCUGGCCUCCUGCCAGGGCCGAGAACAGGGGCUGAAAACUGGAAGUUCAGGCGUGUGGCCAGCACUGCCUCUGCAGAGAGCGCUUGAGUAGGGCAGCUGCCCCACUGCCCCGCCACCGCCGCUGCUGGCCGCCGGUCCUUAUACCCACCUGUCUGCCCGCUGCCUCUGUUCGUCUCUAAGCCUGCCUGUCCACCCGUCUGCAACCCCGUCUCUGUCCAACUGGCUCUCUGACCACCCUCUUCCUGUCCUAUGUCCAGCUGUCUAGACUGUCAAUCUGUUUGUCUGUCUCUGGCUUCCAUCUAUUUGCUCAUCUGUCCAAUCACCUGUGAGUCUGUCUGCCCAUCUUCUUGUGCAUUCAUCCACCCAUCUGUCUGUGCACCUGCCUUCUCUCUCCACUCCGGGCCUCAGAGCCAUGGCCCAAGGCCGCAGGGCCACGGUCAGCAUGGUGCUGCUGGGGUUGGGGCUGGCCCUGGCCAUUGUCGUGCCUGCCGUGGUCCUCUCCCGCCGCCACACCAGCUGCGGCCCCCAGGCCUUUGCCCACGCUGCGGUUGCUGCUGACUCCAAGGUCUGCUCGGAUAUUGGACGAGCCAUCCUCCAGCAGCAUGGCUCACCUGUGGAUGCCGCCAUUGCAGCUCUGGUCUGCACCGGAGUCGUCAACCCUCAGAGCAUGGGCCUGGGCGGAGGGGUUAUCUUCACCAUCUACAAUGCAACCACGGGGAAGGUGGAAGUCAUCAAUGCCAGGGAGACAGUGCCCGCCAACAGCAUCCCGGGUCUGCUGGACCAGUGUGAGCAGGCCCAGCCACUGGGCACAGGGGCCCAGUGGAUCGGAGUGCCGGGGGAGCUCCGGGGCUAUGCCGAGGCCCACCGCCGCCAUGGCCGCCUGCCCUGGGCACAGCUGUUCCGGCCCACCAUCUCCCUGCUCCGAGGGGACUACCGCAUGCCCUCCAUCCUCAGUCAGUUCCUGCAGAGUGACUUCCUACGGCCUUCCUUGUCCAAGACGUCCCUGAGGCAGCUCUUUUUCAACGGCACAGAACCCCUGAGGGCUCAGGACCCAUUCCCCUGGCCCGCACUUGCCGCCACCCUGGAAACCGUGGCCACGGAGGGGGCAGAGGCCUUCUACACAGGGACGCUGGGCCAGAUGCUGCUGGAGGACAUUGCCGAUCAAGGCAGCGGGCUGACCCCGCAGGACCUGGCAUCAUUUCAGGCGGAGGUAGUGGAGGCCCUGGAGAUGCCCCUGGGGGACUACACCCUGUACUCACCGCCACCACCUGCAGGGGGCGCGAUUCUCAGCCUCAUCCUCAACGUGCUCCAAGGGUUCAACUUCUCCUCGGAGUCGGUGGCCAGGUCCGAGGGGAGUGUGAACUUGUACCAUCACCUUGUGGAGACGCUCAAGUUUGCCGGGGGACAAAGGUGGCGGCUGUGGGACCCCCGCAGCCACCUGGAUAUCCAGAACGCCUCCCAGGACCUGCUGGGAGAGGCUUUGGCCCAGCAUAUCCGCCGGCAGAUCGACGCUCGGGGUGACCACCAGCCCAGCCACUACAGCCUGGCCGGGGCCUGGGGCCACAAGAUGGGCACGUCGCACGUGUCUGUGCUGGGGGAGGACGGCAGCGCCGUGGCGGCCACCAGCACCAUCAACACGCCCUUCGGGGCAAUGCUGUACUCACCGCGCACGGGCAUCCUCCUCAACAACGAGCUUCUGGACCUAUGCUGGAGGCGCCCCCCGGGCUCCAAAGUCACCCCCCAACCCGUUCCAGGUGAGCGGCCUCCAUCAUCCAUGGUUCCUUCCAUCUUGGUCAACACAGCCCAGGGGUCAAAGCUGGUGAUCGGUGGGGCUGGUGGGGAGCUCAUCAUCUCUGCUGUGGCCCAGGCCAUCAUAAACAAGUUGUGGCUUGGCUUUGACCUGAGCACUGCCAUUGCAGCCCCCAUCCUGCACGUCACCAGCAAGGGCCAUGUGGAGUACGAGCCCCGCUUCAGCCAGGAGGUGCAGAAGGGGCUCCAGGCCAGGGGCCACAACCAGACCAAGAGUCCCUUUUUCCUGAAUGUGGUCCAGGCUGUGUCCCAGGACGGGGCCUGUGUGUAUGCCGCAGCGGACCCGAGGAAAGGUGGGGAGGCCUCAGGCUACUGAGGAGACUGCUCCCAAGAGCUGCAACCCGGCCCGCCCUCAGUGUGUGCCCAGGCUGGCCUUGGCCAUGGAACCAAGCACUCAUGCAGGAUCUGAACCCUUUGGUGGAGGGUCAGCCUGGGGCUCAGGAGGUGGGGACAGCCUGGAAGACGGAUGACUGUGGGGACUGAGCCCUCUCCCAGAGCCCCUUGUGGCCCUGCCAUGACCCCCAAGCCUCCCCUAGGCCUUACACCCAGGACUGUGGCCCACCCUCCCCCGGGCCCCACUCCCCAUCUGUAUACCUUCCAGUCCAAGAUUAAAGAGGAGGGUGGACCUCGGCCUGAUCUGGGGUCUUGUUG